UUACUUUGGCCUAUUAUACUCGAAAGGUGAGGUGGGAGUUGCCUCAUUUUUUUCCAUCUCACAUGAAUGGGAAGGUGAAAAAAGUUCCAUUUAUUUUGGCCUAUGCCCUUCGGGUUUACCAAACUAAACAAAAAGUUGAGUUUUAGAUAAAUAAAUGCCAUAGCAAGGCGUUUUCGCUCAAUAGCUGAUUCCAAUAUUUUCAAGAUUAUUUGUAGAGCAAAGCAGAAAGCGGAAUAGCUUGUUCUUAUUAUUCCAUUUGAAAGUGAUAGCAGUGGUGUUUGAUUCGUCAUGUAAGCAACAGUGACUAAGUUUUGGGAGGUUAUCAAGUAUCUAUCAUCAAGAGGGUGGUUUGAGGAAUGAGAGUAGGAGAAGGAGAUAAUGGAUUUCUGGCCAGAGUUUCUCGCAAGCAGUUCGGGAAGAGAGUUUGUAGCAGGUGGCCUUGGAGGCACUGCUGGUAUAAUUUCUGGUUAUCCACUAGACACUCUCCGCAUCAGAUUACAGAACACAAAAAAUGGCUCUGCUUUCACCAUCCUCAGACACAUGGUGGCUAGGGAAGGACCAACUUCUUUGUACCGCGGCAUGGGCGCACCAUUAGCUUCCGUUACUUUUCAGAAUGCAAUGGUUUUCCAAACUUACGCACUUCUGUCAAGGGCAUUUGACUCAUCCGUUUCUCUUAAAGACCCUCCUUCCUACAAGGGUGUUGCUCUAGGAGGAGUUGGAACCGGAGCUCUCCAAAGCCUAUUACUGUCACCAGUAGAGUUAAUCAAAGUUAGACUUCAGCUUCAGAACAGAGGCCACAUGACAGAAUCAGAAAAAGGCCCCAUAAGACUCGCUAAAAACAUAUGGAGAAAAGAAGGCCUCAGAGGCAUAUAUCGAGGAUUUGGCGUCACUGUGAUGAGGGACGCACCUUCUCAUGGCUUAUACUUCUGGUCAUAUGAAUACAUGAGGGAACAGCUCCACCCUGGUUGCAGAAAAAGUGGUGAAGAAAGUUUGAAUACCAUGUUAAUAGCGGGAGGAUUAGCAGGGGUGGCGAGUUGGAUUAGUUGCUACCCUUUUGAUGUUGUGAAGACAAGACUUCAGGCUCAAACACCCUCUUCUAUCAAAUACAAUGGCAUUUUAGAUUGCUUCAAAAAGAGCGUUAACAAAGAAGGAUACGGUGUUCUAUGGCGAGGUUUAGGAACUACAGUUGCCAGAGCUUUCUUAGUUAAUGGCGCCAUAUUCUCUGCUUAUGAGAUUUCACUGAGAUUACUGUUUAACAAUGCAAGCAUUCAAAUGAAAGAAACAAUUUAGGAUAAUCACCAUGAGAAAAGCAGUAGGUGUAAGUGCCGAAAACAAUCAAAUUUCAGCAUUGAUAUUCAAUAACCAUUCCAAGAUGUAAUCGUCAGAUAUUAUUCUAUACGAAAUAUUCCAUGCAUGAUGUAAAUAUCAA